CCCCACCCUACCACCACCUCAUCUUGAUCUUAAGUUGUUAACUACUUCAAGAAUCUUGAAACAAAACCCUAGAAAUCUUUAGGGUUUGUUGUUUCUUGAAUAUUUUUCUUUUUGUACUUGCAACAACUUAGAAAACCACUUGAAACCCUAGAUUUGUUUCAAACUAGAUCUCUCUCUUUUUUUGUACUCAAUUAUACACCAAAAUGGAAAAAAAUUACCCUUUUGCCAUGGAUGUUGACUCAAUGAUCACAACAAACCCUAAUAACACAAACAUGUUGAGUCCAACAUCUUCUUCAUCUUCCUCAUCCACUUCUCCGGCCACCACUCUCAGCCGCUACGAGAACCAGAAACGCCGUGACUGGAACACGUUCGGGCAGUACCUCCGCAACCACCGGCCACCGUUAACUCUUUCCCGGUGUAGUGGUGCACAUGUUCUUGAAUUUUUAAGGUAUCUUGACCAGUUUGGAAAAACAAAAGUUCACACACAACUUUGUCCAUUCUUUGGUCAACCUAAUCCUCCUGCACCCUGCCCGUGCCCGCUCCGGCAGGCGUGGGGCAGCCUUGAUGCACUCAUCGGCCGGUUACGGGCAGCUUAUGAGGAAAACGGCGGGCAGCCGGAGACUAACCCGUUUGGAGCUCGUGCAGUUAGGCUUUAUUUACGUGAAGUUAGGGAUUCACAAGCGAAAGCAAGAGGGGUUAGUUAUGAGAAGAAGAAGAAGAGAAAACGGCCACCACAACUACCACCGUCGGAAACACCAUCAACACCACCACCGACGCAGCCGCUUUCUUGAAAACAAACAUGCUGACCGAUUCAGAAACUACCUCUUCAUCGGUCAGGCCUCUUAGUGGCUCAGCGGUUGCUAAACAACCCCUCAAACCUUGAUAUAUAUAUUUUGAAUUAGAUAUCACUUAAGUGUCAUUAUAUA